AUGGCGUCCCCAACAAUAAUCAAACUAGCAGCCGUCCACUCUGCCCCCAUCUACAUGUCCAAAUCCGCCACCCUUGCCAAAGCCAUCAACCUGAUCCACGCCGCCGCCCGCGACGGCGUCUCCCUCCUCGUAUUUCCCGAGACCUACGUCCCCGGCUACCCUUACUUCAUCGAGUGCUAUCCACCGCUGAAACAAGUCGGUGCUCUAGCCAAGUACGCCGAGGAAUCUGUCGUCGUCGACGAGGAUCUGGAUGGGGUAGUGGAAGCCUGUAAACAGACGGGUGUUUCGGUGGUGCUGGGAGUGUCGGAGCGAAUGAAGGGUGGCUAUACGUGUUUCAACUCGCAGGUUUUUGUCGCCGGCGGAAGGGGAGGAGGGGUGGUAGGAACGCAUAGGAAGUUGCAGCCUACGUAUGUGGAACGGAUUGUGUGGGCGCAGGGGGACGGGUCAACGCUUAAGACUUGGAAGGGGAUGUUUGGAUCUGGAUCUGGAUCCGAAGCGGAAGGUUCCGAAGGUGAGAAGGGGAAAUGGAAUGUGGGUGGGUUGGCGUGCUGGGAACACACCAUGCUCCUCGCCCGGCAAGCCCUGAUCACCCAGCAGGAACACGUACACGCGGCUGCAUGGCCGGCGCUGUCGACCAUGGUCGGGUUCGAAGGGUCGGCGGACAGCCAGAUCGAGGCGCUGAUGAAGUGCCAUGCGCUGACGGCACAGUGCUUUGUGGUGUCGGCUAGCAACUAUGUGGAUGAGACGUGUCUGGAGUGGAUGAGGGAGAAUAUCGGGGAGCAAGAAUUUGUCAAGAGAGGAGGAGGGUGGUCGGCGGUUAUUCACCCGUUUUGUAAUGUGUUGGCGGGACCGGUUACGGGCGAGAAGGAGGAGCUGGUCACGGCGGAGGUGGACUUGAAGGAUCUGGGCAUGGUUAAGGUUUGGGUGGAUGCGGACGGGCAUUAUAGUCGGCCGGAGGUCUUGCCGUUUGGGUGGAAUAAGGAGGCGUAUUGGAGAGAUGGGAAGGUGGCGGGAGAGGCUGGGAAGGGACAGUCUCAGUCGAGGGAGUCUGAAGGAAAGGCGGGAGAGGGUGCCAAGAAGGCGUAA